AUGGACAUUGACCUCAACCAAAUUCUCGUGCGAUUCUGGGAGACUGAAGAGGUUCCCAUGAAACCAAGCUUUACCGUGGACGAGGAGAAAUGCGAGAAUCAUUUCCGUACCACUCACGCGAGAAGGAAGAGCGGGCGAUACAUUGUUCGCCUUCCCUUUAAACAAUUUCCUCUACAUAUUGGAGAUUCACGCUGCAUCACGACUCGAUUGUACGACAAACUCGAGAAGCGGCUAUCGCGCGAUGCUAAUCUCGCUGCGUCAUACGAUGCGUUUCUUCAAGAGUACCUAGACUUGGGACAUAUGGAGCUGGUCACCGGUCCAGAAUCGUCUCACGACACCGUCGUCUACCUACCGCAUCACCCCGUGGUGAAGAGCAAAAGUUUGUCGACUAAAUUGAGGAUCGUAUUUAACGCGUCGUGUGCUACAUCGAAUAAAACUUCCCUUAAUGACCAUCUUCAUACCGGGCUCAAGCUACAGACUGAUCUGAUGUCUAUACUAAUCAGAUGGAGACAACAUAAAUACGUAUAUCUUGCCGACAUUGAGAAAAUGUUUAGGCAGAUAAUGGUGCAUCCCGAAGAUGCUGAUUACCAACACAUUCUGUGGCGUCGUCGCAAUCGUCCAUCCAGUCGUAUCGUCUACGUACCGUUACGUAUGGUACAGCUCCCGCGCCAUACCUCGCGAUACGGGUAUUACACCAACUUGUCAAAGAUGAAGGCCAUCGAUUUCCUCUUGCACAUUCCAUUCUACUACACGAGACUUAUGUCGAUGACAUUUUAUUUGGUGCCGGCGAUAUUGAUACGGCCAAUGCAAUGA